AUGGAAGUUUACGACUUCAUUGUGGUAGGAGCCGGCCCGGCAGGAUGUGCCCUUACUGCCCGACUGGCAACAAGCCCUGCUAGGCCCAAAGUUUUACUAAUCGAAGCAGGAGGGCAUGAUGAGAACAAGGCAAACAGGGUGCAUGGCGAUCGCUGGUUGCACAGAACGAAACCGUCACUCGCGUGGGGCUACGAGACAGUACCUCAGACGCAUCUUGGGGAUCGUCAGAUCGCAUACGAUCGUGGCAAAGGGCUUGGUGGAAGCUCACUGAUCAAUUUCAGUGUCUUUCAGUAUGGCUCCCGAGACGACUACGAUGAGAUUGCACACAUCGUCGGAGAUGAUGAUUGGAAGUGGGUGAAAGCGCAGGAACGGUUCAGGCAGCUUAUCACUUAUCAUCUUAUGCCUCCUCACGCCCCAGAAGGAUACAAGAAAUAUCUCGACCCGGCCGUAUCGGAUCAUGGUCAGAAUGGAGCCCUCCACGUUAGCGUUCCACCCGUCUGGGAGAAACCGAUGAUGGAUUUGAUUGCUGUAUGGGAAGCAGCGGGCUAUAAGCUUAACAAGGACCUGAACAAUGGAGAUAUUGGGCUGGCGGUGUCACCGUGGACUAUGUUCAACGGCUACCGAACGACAGCAGCAGAUCUGCUCCAGGAUGCACCCUGCAACCUCACCAUAUUGACUGACGUCCAAGUAGAACGAAUUCUCUUCCAAGACAAAAGGGCAACAGGCGUACAAGCCAGUAGCCAAAAACACCUUGCUUCAAAAGAAGUCGUAGUUUGCGCAGGUGCACUCGAUAGUCCCAAGCUUCUGAUGCUUUCCGGUAUUGGUCCAGCCCAGCACCUGCAGCAGCACAAGAUCUCAGUUAUACAGGACCUGCCACAGGUUGGCAAAGGACUGAGGGAUCACUAUAUGGUAAUUCCCACCUGGGUUCGCGCAGGGCACACGAGCGAGCACCAUAAAUAUUUCAAGAGCCCUGAGCUGCAGGCAGAAGCAAGGAAAGAAUUCGAAAAGAACGGCACAGGGCCGGUUGCAGAAAUGUUUGGUGCCGCAGCACUCGGCUUCUUCAAGCACGACGCGGUCUACGCGAGCGAUGAGUUCAAAGCCUUGCCGAAGGAUACAAGGGAGUACCUGUUGAAGCCAACCGUCCCUGUGUUCGAGGUAGUCCUCAACGGCGCUGUACCAGAAUACUUCGUGGACCCACUUAACUCGCCAGCCCUUGCGAACAUGUACAUUGGAUUGUUAAACUCGCAAUCAACCGGCGAGGUCAUUCUUCAAUCGUCUGAUUACAGACAACCACUUCUUUACCACCCGAAGGUCUUCUCACACCCUUUCGAUCGACGUGUCGCGAUUGAGGCCACGCGAGCUGUCCUCGAGGUUGCUGAGAGUCCGGCUUUCCAAAAAGACACUAUAGGUGUGCUUCAUGCGCCAAAGAGUGAGAGCGAAGAAGACAUUCUGGACUAUUGGCGCCAGAACGCUUCAUCAAUGUGGCACAUGUCUGGCACUGUCAAGAUGGGUCGUGAGGAUGAUUCAGAGGCUUGCGUUGAUAACCAAUUUCGGGUCCUUGGUGUAGAAAAAUUGAGAGUUGCAGAUAUGUCUGUCAUACCCAUUAUUGUGAACAAUCAUACUCAGAGCACUGCGUAUCAGACCGGCAUGAUUUUAGGUGAUAAGCUGAUCAAGGAAUAUGGACUUGAUUUGGAUUAG